AUGGAGAAUCGAUUCAGUGGAAGCGCUUAUUCUGAACACGAAGACGCCUCUAUUGAGUGUAUUCGUGGCCUUGCGAUCGACCACAGCAGAGCCCAACAUCUGCACGGUGGAGCAAAUACGCUUCAACCACAACAGUAUACAGCUCAAAACCCCUAUCCCCAGUCUGGAGCUUCCAGUGUAUCUGUCUACUCCCAAUCUUCGUCUGGCUCUCCAACCAAAGACACCUUUCGCUUGCUGACGCGUGAAAUCCUAAACAAUCCGCUGUUAAAAUCGGUCAAAAAUACAGGAAAGCCUGUUUUGAUGCUCGAUCCGGAGAAGUUCAAUCCGAUGCACUCGGUGGAGGUGCCGAUCGUAUACGAUAACGCGGGUAAUUCCAGCCGGUCUGCGGAAGGAUGUGAAAUAAUGUGGCCAUUUGGCCCAGAGACAUCUGAAACCGCGCCAGCAAUUCCACCAAAGGCGUUUUCAUAUCCAGUUGAUGCAAAUCACUACAACAGACGCCUCCCUAUUUCCAAGUCUGAGGGAAACAAUGUCAAGUCUCUCGAUGGUAAUACGAACUAUGACGACGCGUCAUAUGGUGAAGAUCGCUAUUACCAGGACUGGAAACCUUCAGCAAAUGUGUCCCCCGGGCGCCAGAAACAGCGAUCUCGAUCCCCAGAUCGAGGACGCGGCAGAGGGAGAUCUUUGUCUCCUGUCAAGAUCCUUGAGGAUCUUGACGAGAAUUCAAUACUCGAAUUUCUACCAAGCCCAAUGAAAAGGCCUCGAUCACCGCAUAAAAAGCUGUUCGGCGAAAAUGGUUGGCUAGGUCGCAGUCCUUCCUUGAAGGAAAGUCCCUCUGAGAAGAACAAAAGGCCUGGUUUCAAGGCGCUGGGUGAGAAGAUCAAACAGCGCGUUGAGGAUAUCACAGGAGACGUGAAGAAAUCCAAAGAACGGUUUCAAUCAACCUUCCCCAUUUCCUUGGACCCUCCAACCCAGGCAAAAUUGUACUCCGAGGUAGAGCUUAUGAUAUGUGUGACGGCCAACAAGUUCCUUCUCGACCAACACAAGGAGGGCCGCAUAUCGGUGGAAUCGGUUACCAAAGUCACCAAUUUCUGGGCGUCAAAGAAUCGUCCGCAGGUCGUGCAGUUUCAAUUCGACCAGCUCACCCAGCGUGACCUCGUCAUCUAUAACCUACGUACGUUCAAAUUUCAUGGCGAAUGUGCACAGAAUGUGGUAGCUCUCAAUGCCACCUUGCGUAAUUGGAAGGCGAUCGCCAAGGAGAUGAGUGUUCGUACCUUUUGCACUCCAGAUAGCGUCAUUAGAAAGCAUAUGCAUGAUACGCACAAGAUCCUGGAGAUGCUCGGCGCGCCGAUUGUCACCUUCCUCGCGUUUCAGGAGCUUCAGGUCAACACACUUUCGCUCAUGAAACAGGAGCAGGAGAAGAAGAUGCAAGCAAUGGGGAGGCAUGGUGUGACGAGAGAGUAUCAUCCACCUUCCCUAUCCCAGCGUGACAACGAAGAUAAAGGAAGAUCCUAUGGAGGUAACCGCGAGUGA